AUGAGUUCGAAACAAACAAUUUAUCAUGAAAAACAGGUUAAAGAGUUGUGCGCUUUACAUGCGCUUAACAAUUUAUUCCAGAUGCGAGCUACAUAUUCGAAGUCUGAAUUAGAUGCAAUAUGCAGCAGGCUAUCACCAAAUGUGUGGAUCAAUCCUCACCGCUCCAUGCUGGGGCUUGGCAACUAUGAUAUAAAUGUGAUAAUGGCAGCUUUACAGAAGAAAGGUUGUGAAGCUGUCUGGUUUGAUAAGAGGAAGGACCCUGGUUGUUUGGAUUUGUCAAACAUCUGUGGAUUCAUCCUAAAUGUGCCAUCAGAUUAUAAGCUAGGGUUUGUGAUGUUACCGCUGCGGCGUCGGCACUGGAUCACCAUAAGACAGAUACAGGGCAACUUCUACAAUCUGGAUUCCAAACUAGAAUCACCACAGUUGAUUGGAAGGAGUAGUGAUUUAAUAGCGUACCUGAAAGAACAGUUGGAUAGCAAAGAAAAGGAAUUGUUUGUUGUGGUCAGCAAGGAAGUAGAGGAGAAGCAGCUGUGGAUGCACCAGUACACCAUGGACAGCAACAAGCAGUCCGCACAAAACACAGGGCUGCCACUGACUGACGGCCAGUGUGACAGCCCUGGGGACAGUAUAUCGUCACUGUCACAAUACGACUACAGAAACCGUGACGCUGAGUGCCUCAAAUUGACAGAAGUGAGUAAUUGUGUCGGCAGUGCAGAGAUUAAUUAUUAA